AUGGCUGGAGGCGUCAAGAAACCCGUCAACAUCUUCCGUCUGAAGAAUGUCGACGAACCCCCGGGCACCUUCAACUGGCGUCUGUGGUUCGCCGUCUUCUCCUUCGGCCUCCUCGGUGCUGCCCGCGGCGUGGACGAGGGUCUCAUCUCGGGCGCCUUCAACACCCCCAGCUUCCAGCGCGAGAUCAAGUACAGCUCCUACUCCGAGGCCGAAAAGGCCGACAUCAAGGCCAAUGUCUCGGCCAUGGUGCAGGUGGGCUCCGUCGGCGGAGCUCUCAUGGCCUUCGCAGUCUGUGACCGCAUAGGGCGUGUCUGGGCCACUCGUGUUCUGUCCAUCCUCUGGGCUCUCGGCACCGCUAUUUUCAUGGCUUGCGGCGUUAAUGGAAAUCUCGGCGGUAUCUAUGCCGGACGAUUCAUCGCCGGUCUAGGUGUCGGUAUGACGGCAGUUGUUGGCCCGAUCUAUAUUGCCGAAAUCUCACCAUCCGCCAUCCGUGGUCUCUGCACCUGCGUCUUCACCGGCGCCGUCUAUCUCGGUGUUGUCUUAGCUUAUUUCGCCAACUACGGUGCAUCCGUGCACAUUGACGGCGAAUCAAACGACCGGUGGCUGGUCCCGACGAGCCUGCACAUCAUCUUUGCGGGGCUCGUCCUCGUCCUGACCUUCUUCCAGUCCGAGUCGCCCCGAUUCCUGGUGAAGCAGGGCAAGGUGGAGCAGGCGACGCGGGUGCUGGCGUGGAUCCGCCAGCAGGACACGGAGAGCGAGUACGUGAGGCGCAACAUCGCCGAGAUCCAGGCCGGGCUCGACCACGAGCUCGAGGCCAGCCGCGGCGUCGGCUGGGUCGGCAAGGUCAAGGAGAUGUUCCUCAACAGGAACAACCUGUACCGCCUCUACAUGACCACGUCGGUGCAGUUCCUCAGCCAGUGGUCCGGUGCCGGCUCCAUCACCCUCUACGCCCCGGACCUGUUCGCCCUCAUCGGCAUCGGCGGCGAGGAGGAGGGCCUCCUCGUCACCGCCGUCUUCGGCAUCUGCAAGUUCGUGGCCGCCAUCUGCUGCGCCCUCUUCCUCGUCGACGUCAUUGGCCGCAAGCGCGCCCUGCUGUCGGGAAUCACCCUGCAGACCAUCGCCAUGGUCUACGUCGCCUCCUUCCUCACCGCCGUCCCCGAGCUCGGCGUCGUCGACGGCUACGAGAUGCCAGACGACGAGAGGGGCCCCAGCAAGGGUGCCAUCUUCAUGAUCUACCUCUCCGGCUACGCCAACUCCCGAGCUACACCAAACAUGCUCCUCCCCGUAUCUUCAGGCGGCAUCUCCCCCAAGGGGACCUUCUGGUGCUACGCGGCCGUCACCUUAGUCGGCGGCCUAUGGGUCUGGUUCUUCGUCCCCGAGACCUCGGGCCGCAGCCUCGAGAGCAUGGACGCCCUCUUCGACCUCCCCUGGUACCGCAUCGGACUGUUUGGCACCAAGUACGCCGAGGCCCGGGACCUGGUCAUCGAUGAGAAGCAGGAGGCUGCCGAGGAGCAGCAGGGUCAGGAAACCCGUGUCGAGAACAAGGUUUAA